CCGGAUGCUCUCAAACCGUUGACGCCGCAUAGGCAAUAGACUUCCUUGUACCUCACAGGUGGCGAGUAUUGGGUGUGGAACGCCUCGGCCUCUGGAAUGAAACACCCUGUCAUUUUCAAAGGGAACUUCUUCAUGGUGUGCUGGCUCUGUUCCGAGGCCUUGGCUUUCUUCGAAGAGAUCAGGGUAUAAAAGGACGUGGUAUCUUGUACUCGGAUACUCCAAACACAAUUUCAUCGUCAAUGUCCUCUACCUCCCUGCCCGCUAACGUGAUACGCGAAAUCGGAGAAAGCGUACAGCUACUCUUAGAUCGAUGCUCUGUCGAUAUGCAGAUACAGCGCGUCAUUCCAUUUGACAACGAACUAUUUUCACUGGCAUGUGAUGAAGUAGCCCGUCAGGCUCUUAUCCUCGACACGGAAACCUCCAAGUUAUUUACGCCAUACAUCAAACACGGCGUCGACACUGUCACCACUUGUUACAACCAUAUCCAGGAUAUCAAAUGCCGCAUAUACAUCAUCCUCUACAUUGCCUGCUUUUUCUACUUUGACGACAAGUUCAUCCCGGAAUAUUCUACCUCCGAUAACGUUGCACAGGACCUUUUCGCCUGCAUGAUUGGAAAGUCAUCCGCAGCCGAUCCUCUACAGCGGUUGUUCUGUUACCUGAUGACGGAAGCUCCGAAGUGCUUCCUUAAUCAUCCUGCAUCGAACAUUGUUAUCACAGGCACAUUGAAUUUUGUAACUGCUGCGAGCCUUGACUAUCGCACUCAAGGCAUGAAGAUGCCAGCCUCAGCUAAAAGAUAUACGACGUUCACAAGAAAUAUCUCUGGUAUUGCAGACGUUAUGGGAGUGUUUAUAUUCCCAGCUUCAGUGCCGGUGACCGCAUAUAUUGCGGCCAUUCCGGACCUAAUGGUUUUCAUGUUAUCUGCCAAUGACGUUCUUUCUUUCUACAAGGAAGAAUUAGCAGGGGAAGAACUGAACCGAGUUUCUCUUCUUGCUCGAUGCGACAACUCUAAGAAGACAGACGUCCUGAGACGGCUCGUUGAUUCUACGGUCGAAGCUCACAACAAUAUUUUGGAUAUCCUUAAACCUAAUGAAGAGGCAUUGGACGCGUACUUGAGCUUCAGUGAUGGGUACAUUUGGGCUCAUGCCGGACUUUCUAGAUACCGUUUGAAGGAGCUGGAUAUUUUCCCAUAAUCGAGUGGUUUCGUUUCUAUUACAGUAUCUUGCGCGCACUAUCUACU